ACAAAAAAAGCAAUGCCCGCCUCUCUCUCUCUCUUUUAUCAUAUAGUAGCAUUGUCUUAUAUCAUCAAAAUAGUACUCCAAUAAAAGAUCCAUUAUGUGAGCCAAAACCAACAGUAACCAUUUAACAGUUAGUGCAGAGUCUGCAAGAUCUUCCUCGAACUUUCCGCGAAACCUCUCUUCCCCAUUUCUCCCUUCGCUCUUUCAAUUUUCCCGCUUUCCCUUUUCGCUUUCACCUUUGUUUUCUUUAAUUUCCCUCUUUUUAACCUUUUUCUUUCCCGUUAGUAAUCUGAUACUCUUGCAACUCAAAAUUUAAAUGUGAAAAACAGUUGAAAAAAAGAAUCAGAUCUAAAUUGAAAAUGGAGAGAAAUUACAGGGAAAGAGCUAGUGGAGAAAAACGUUCACUUGAUGCUAGUAAUAGUGAAGAAGGUCAACCUGAUAGAAAAAGACCUGCUCUUGCCAGUGUUAUUGUUGAAGCGCUCAAGGUGGACAGUCUGCAGAAACUCUGCUCAUCGCUGGAGCCAAUUCUUCGGAGGGUUGUUAGUGAAGAAGUGGAGCGUGCUUUGGCAAAACUUGGCCCUACUAAACUUAAUGCAAGGGUUUCUCCAAAAAGAAUUGAAGCGCCAAAUGGGAGAAAUUUGCAGCUUCAGUUCAGGUCUAAAUUGUCACUGCCUCUCUUUACAGGAGGAAAAGUAGAAGGAGAGCAGGGUUCUGCAAUCCAUAUUGUCUUGCUUGAUGGAAAUACUGGCCAUGUUGUAACAUCAGGCCCAGAGUCCUCUGUUAAACUAGAUGUUGUUGUGCUUGGGGGAGAUUUUAAUAACGAGGAUGAUGAGGGCUGGACUGAAGAAGAAUUUGAGUCUCACAUUGUGAAGGAGCGUGAUGGGAAAAGGCCGCUUGUUACAGGAGACUUGCAAGUGAUAUUGAAGGAAGGUGUAGGUAGUCUCGGUGAGUUUACAUUUACUGACAACUCUAGCUGGAUUAGAAGCAGAAAGUUCAGGCUAGGUUUAAAAGUUGUAUCAGGUUCUCGAGAGGGAAUUCACAUUCGUGAGGCAAAAACAGAAUCCUUCAGUGUGAAGGAUCAUCGAGGAGAAUUGUACAAGAAACAUUAUCCUCCUGCAUUAAACGAUGAAGUUUGGAGAUUGGAAAAGAUAGGAAAAGACGGAUCCUUCCACAAGAGACUAAAUAAAGCUGGUGUAUAUUCGGUGGAAGACUUUCUAAGACUCAUCGUGAGAGACUGUCAGAGGCUCCGAAACAUCCUGGGAAGUGGAAUGUCAAAUAAGAUGUGGGAUGCUCUUGUGGAGCACGCUAAGACCUGUGUUCUUAGUGGGAAGCUCUACGUCUAUUAUCCUGAUGAUUUGAAGAGUGUUGGGGUUGUUUUUAGCAAUAUCUAUGAGUUGUGUGGUUUAAUCUCCGGUGGACAGUAUCAUUCAGUUGAUUCUCUUUCAGAGGAUCAAAAGGAAUAUGUGGACACCUUAGUCAAAAAGGCAUAUGACAACUGGAUGCAUGUUGUUGAAUAUGAUGGCAAAUCUCUUUUAAGCCUUAAUCAGAAUAAACCCUCAGAUGCUCCUCAAUAUGAUCUCGCAACUGGCUCUCAGAAACAUUCUAAUUCUUUUGAUCAUCAACUCAAUCUGCCAAGUCUUCCCGCUUCAACUUCAUCAGAGCAGCCCUGUAUGAAUCCAGGAUUGAACAUGGAAUUGGGAGGAUAUAAUGGUAGUCUCAUGGAUACAUAUACCACAGAGUCUCAGAACACGAAUCUCAGUGUCAAUGAACAGUUAAGCGGUGCUUCAUUUCCUCAAAACCACUUUGUAGGCACAUCGCAACAAGCUCAGCCACCUGGAAGUGAGAGCAUACUGGCCCUUCACCCACCACAGUCAUCAUUUUCUAGCUUUUUUGCUGCUAACACUCCUAAUUCAUCCUAUAAAGGAGCUGAUGACUUCUUCACAGAGGAAGAAAUACGCACAAGAAGUCAUGAAAUGCUAGAGAAUGACGACAUGCAACAUCUUCUCCAUAUAUUCAACAUGGGUGGCCAGCAUCAUGCUUCUUCAAGUACCCCAGAAGAUAAUUACCCAUAUGGAUCACCGUACAUGCCCAGUAUGUCCUCAAGCUUUGGUAUUAAUGAGGACCGGACACGUUCAGGUAGGGCUGUUGUUGGGUGGCUCAAACUGAAAGCAGCAUUGAGAUGGGGCAUCUUCAUCAGGAAGAAAGCUGCUGAGAAAAGAGCACAAAUUGUUGAAUUGGAUGACUCCUAGAUUCGAUUUUUCAGUUCUACUAGCAUCAUCCGCUUGGAGGCUGAAUUCACUUCAAAUUUGAUAAAUUUGUUUCGUUGUAAAGUACGUGUGCAACGUGAUGUUUGGGCUUCCCGCUUCCUCUGAUGAGUACUAUCACUGGCCAUUGGAGUUUGGUCAUCCAGCCAUGAAUACAGAUCUGGUGCUAGUUUAGGCUCAAUCCAAUAUCCGGCAAGUGUUCUGAGAUUUUCUCAGCACAUGAUCUGCAUUUUGAGGACAUCAUUCUUAGUUCAGGCUGAUACCCGAGUUGGAGAGGACAUCAGCUACUCCAGGGAGACAUGCAAGUAACUUCAGUUCUCUUAACUCAAGAUGUUUGUUGGCUGGUAGCUGCUAGUUUACUUUCUUAUUACUCUUGACUAGUGUUUUAACUCUCCUAGUGCAUUCCUCCAAACUAGUUUCAAUCAAAGAAAAUCUAAUCUUUGCUGUAAAACAAUUGUAUAUGAAAUUGAUAAAAAUAUGAUAUUUGGGCGAUUUAAGCA